UUAUCACGAGACCACAAGUAUCCGAAACGCACCGUAUAGGAGGGGCAAGGACAAGGAAGGACACGGAAAAGCUCGAAGCAGCAGCGAGCACACACACAGAGAAGAAGAAGAGGGACUUUCGAUAGUCGCCGCCAAUGGCCGGAAAAGGUGGAGCAGCUCCGAGCACGUACUCUCCGUCUCCGACGACCCAGAAAACCAAAUCACUCAUCUUCGGAAACGACGACGUCGAUUGGGUUCGAUCCGAUGGCCGUGAAUUCCACCAAUGCAGACCUGCCUUUUUCAAGACUGGUGCUGUAAAUGCCGCUGCAGGAUCUGCUUAUGCAGAGUUUGGAAAUACCAAAGUCAUUGUUUCUGUAUUUGGGCCAAGAGAGAGUAAGAAGGCAAUGAUGUACAGUGAUAUAGGACGUUUAAAUUGCAAUGUCAGCUAUACAACUUUUGCUACUCCAGUUCGUGGACAGGGGUCAGACCACAAAGAGUUUUCUUCAAUGCUUCAUAAAGCUUUGGAGGGUGCAAUAAUGUUGGAAACUUUUCCAAAGACUACAGUGGAUGUUUUUGCAUUGGUGUUGGAAUCUGGGGGCAGUGAUCUUCCUGUAGUGAUAUCAUGUGCUAGCCUUGCCCUAGCAGAUGCAGGGAUAAUGAUGUAUGACCUUGUUACCUCAGUUUCUGUGUCUGGUCUCGGAAAGAACCUUGUCAUUGAUCCUAUUUUGGAGGAGGAAAGCUAUCAAGAUGGAAGUCUAAUGCUUACUUGUAUGCCUUCUCGCUACGAGGUCACUCAGCUAACUAUUACUGGGGAAUGGUCAACCCCAAAAAUUAAUGAGGGAAUGCAAAUAUGCUUGGAUGCCUGCUCAAAACUUGCGGUGGUCAUGAGGUCGUGCUUGAAAGGACCUGAUUCUACCUUAGAAGAAUAGGAUAAAAGUUUUGGCUAAUUGUACAUGAUAAAGACUUUAACAUUUGAUUAUUUUUCUUCUCAAUUAUCGUUUUCUCCAAUAUCAAGAUUGAGUCCCAUUGUGCUAUAAUGUUCUUAGACAAUAGUGAAAUAGUUUGUUAUUGUUAAUCACCAAUUUUCAGAUUA